AUGAUACAAAUUUUUCGGAACGUUGUGCUGCUGAUUUUAUGUGAUAGUGUGCGCGUAUGUGUGACAAAUAAAUGUUGAUAUAAUUAUAUUAAUGUUGAUUAUGUUGAAGAAUCAUCAUUGUCGAUCCGUCGAAUCUGCCGUUGAAGUGCGAAAAUCGAAUAAAGUCUCGCCAGAAUGGAUUUGCCAUCGCAAAUUACUCAAACUUCGAAUGAUCCAGAGACUAGAGGAUUUGAUAUGUCAACUGGCAAUAUUUGGAUUUAUCCAGAAAAUUAUCCAGUUCGCGAAUAUCAGUAUAACAUAGUUAAGACUGCUCUCUAUUACAAUACCUUGGUUUGUUUACCAACUGGUUUGGGAAAGACUUUUAUUGCUGCUGUUGUAAUGUACAAUUUCUGGAGGUGGUUUCCCUUUGGGAAGAUUGUGUUCCUUGCACCAACGAAACCUUUGGUUGCUCAACAGAUUGAAGCAUGUUAUAAUGUAAUGGGGAUACCAAGUAUUGAUAUGAUGGAACUUACAGGUACAGUUAAUCAAAAGAAUCGUGGAAUAGCUUGGGUUAAAAAGAGAAUAAUAUUUGCCACUCCUCAAGUGUUUCAUAAUGAUUUAGGAAAAUCAAUUGUACCUAGCCACUUAGUUAAAUGUGUUGUUGUGGACGAGGCUCAUAAAGCUUUGGGCAAACAUUCAUAUUGUGAGUGUAUCAGAAUAUUGUGUACACAGAAUAAAUAUUUUAGAGUAUUAGCACUUUCUGCUACACCUGGAAAUAAAAUAGAUAAUGUUCACGAAAUAAUACAGAAUUUAUGCAUUUCUCACUUGGAAUUGAGAGAUGAAAAUUCAACGGAUAUAACACCAUAUGUUAACAAAAGAAAAAUUGAUACUAUCUUAGUGCCCCUCAGUAAUGAAUUGGCUCAGUUCAAAGAAAAAUAUAUUAUUAUCAUGGAUCGCCAUGUGAAGUUUCUUCUGCAAAGUAAUAUAUUGCGAGGGCAGACUGCUAACAUAUCAAAGGGAAGAAUAUUUCACCUGUUAAACGAAUACAAAACGAAAACUGACAAAUCCGGAAAUUAUGCACAAAUUAUGAAAACCUUGAAUAUAUUGCUAACCAUGUAUCACGCUUACGAUCUUAUGAUUAGGCAUGGAUUACGAGCUUUCAGCAAAUUUUAUCAAAAUCAUUCUGAUAAAUUCUGGAUGAAUAGUGAAAAUCUGUUGCAAGAAUUAUUGCGUGACAUAGAGACUUAUCUUGGACCAUUUCCAGAUAUUCUUCCUGAUGGAAAUAUGUCUGAGAUUCCAACAGAUAUUGUAUUUGGACACAAUAAAUUUUAUAAAUUGAAAGAAUUGCUUGAACAUCAUUUUAAAAAAAACAAUAGCGAAUGUGCGAAUACAAGAGCCAUAGUCUUUGUGGAAUACAGGGAUAUAGUCAAUGAAGUUUAUAUUAUGCUUCUGAAAUCGAAACCAUUAAUUAGACCGCAAAUGUUUGUUGGCCAAGCUGGUCAGAAGCAGAAGCAACAGAUAAAAGCGUUAGAAGAUUUUAGAGAUAAUCACGUGAAUGUAUUGAUUUCGACAAGUAUAGGUGAGGAAGGAUUGGAUGUUGGUGAAGUAGAUUUGAUAGUAUGCUUUGAUGUAUCACAGCAUUCUCCGAUAAGGCUAGUUCAAAGAAUGGGCCGAACAGGACGCAAACGCGAUGGUCAUAUAAUUAUUCUUGUUACGGAUGGGAAAGAGCAUGAGAAUCUGAAAUCCACGCUGUCUAAGAGGGACUCCUUGAAUAAUAAAAUAUUAAAUACGAGCAAUAUAUUUUCGUCCUUGUAUCAGGACAAUCCUAGAAUGAUUCCGAAUCAAUUCAAUCCAGAAUGUCACAAGAUACAUAUAACUGCAUUACCAAAGACACCGAAUGUAAAGGGUAAAAGAAAAAGGAAAGAUGCCAACAAGAAGAAUGAAGCGUCCAGCACAAAACAAAAAGAGACAAUAUCAAAAAAUGCGGGUCAAUCAUCACUGAUUAAAUUUCUUGGUAAAUAUAACCAACAUACGCAAGAUAAUUCAGAUGAUAUUGUUAUAUUAACAGCACAGAAUGAUAACGUGCACACCAGGAUAGAUCCUAACAAUGUCAAGCUAUUAUCCGAUGAUAACGCGGGAAUUGAUUUCCUGACAUUAUGUGCAGUUAAAAAAUCGGAGGAAGAAAUAUCUUCCGAGAUUGUGCAUAAAAUGGAUACGACUUACAUUCCUGCGGCAAUACCAGUUAAAGAUCCAUUUAACUUUGUAAUACCUGACAUACGAAUACUCGAUUCUUUACCUCUCUUAUUUGCGAAUUUAAUAAAUUUUCUGCCAACGAAACAUGAAAACUGUGAGAAUGAAAAUAUUCAGAAUGAUAACGAUAAUGUUGACACCGAUGAUGAUAACUUUUGGUGCACUAUCCGGAACGAUAGGAACAUGGACACCAGUGAAGUAAGAUUUGAGGACUUAAUGGAUGAUUCUGACUCGAAUAUAACCACAGUUUCACGUGCGAGCAGAAUAAUUGAUGAAAUCGAAAGAGAUUCAGUUUAUACAACCAAAGCUCCUGCAUCUGAUAAGAAAGAUAAUGAAAUCGUGACUGAUUACGCAAAGACGCAAUUGUCAAACAACAUGCUCGACCAACCUAGUAUAUUCGAAGAAAAUCUGUUAAAUAUCUCGUUUAGCUCAACCGACGAUGAUUUCGCAACUGAAGAUACAGCACAACAAAAUACAAUAUCUCCAAAUUCUGCAAAUACCCUUGUUAACAAUGCAGAGAAUAACAAUGCAGCGUACGAAAGUGUCGUUGAUAUCUUUCUGGACGACACGGACUUUGAUGAAUGUAAUCCAGAUUUGCCAGAAUCGGUGGAACCAGCGAAAUCCGACCAAGCGAACAAAUCCGCAGGGAAUGAAAUAGAUGAAAUAAAAGAUCUGGAUUUUGGUGAUGAUAUGGAUGAAUUCAUGUGUGAUCAAUCUCACAAGGAUAAGCCAAUGCAGCAUUCAGUACCAGAACAGAGCUUCUUAUCCAUUACUCAAGCUAUCGAAGAAAUAGCGCGAACGAAAAAAGAUUUGGAAAAAUCGCCAAGACCUUCCGUAAGUAAAGGGAACAGUAGUCCCGAUUGGAUUUCUACCGGUGUCAAAGGUAAAACUGAAGUUGGCAAACGAAACACGUGUUUGGGAUUAAAAAAGUUAUCCAAUAUCAAUCGCGACUCUAUCAUCGCCAAAUCAUGCACCACGAGACAGCAUGUUAACCUGCAGUGUGAUUCCGACGAGGACUUUAUGUUCACGGAGGAUAGUGUGAAGAAAUUCGACGAACUUGAGAGCAGUUACUUUCGUGCGUCGAAAAUCCCGAAAGGCGAACGUGAUCAUUCGCGUAAUACAACGAAGAAUUCGUUCAGCUACAAUAACUACUUCGAUAACACGUUGAAGAGUUUGACAACUGAAAGUAACAACUUCAGCAGCACGUCGAAAGGGAUGAAACCGCUCGGUGUAUCGUCGCCGGCCGAUAACAGGCGUCCCAUGUUAUCUUUGAAAAGGAAUAAGAACCUUUGUACAAGCACGAUAGACUUGAGUGUCUUCGAAGCGCCUAGGAAGUGCAUCAACGGUAGGCGGGAACAGAGUGCUUUAGAAUCUGGCGUUAGUAGUACGUCGAGGCAAAUAUCCCAUUUGAACGCAGAAGUCGCGCGGAAAGUCAGCAGUAAGCACAGAAAGAAGAGACGGAAGAACGAGUUCAUAGACGACGAGGCAGAGGUGAGUUUAAUCGGCAGUUCGGAUGAGAGCGUGUCUUCCACGAUGGACGAGGAUCUGGGAGAUUUCGUGAGUUAUACCCAGAAUGUGAACAACCCGGUGGACAUGGAGGCGCAUUACCUGCAAACUGUCAAGAGUCCGAUUAAAAAACCUGGUGCAUUCCAUAUCAAGAAGCCGCGAUCGCCCGACCCGGACAUAGAGAUCUAUUCGCAGUUUCCCUCGUCGCAACUGCAGGACUCGUAUCUUUAUGACUCGUUCUGCGUGAGUGAAGACGCCGAGAUGAGCGUGCUGGCCCAGAACGAUACGAUAUUGGAGAUAGCCGAGAGGGAAUUGGAAAGCAAAAAGCGCAAACGUUUCCAUUCGAGUAAGGAUAAUGCGAAGCAGAUUAGCAAAAGGAAGAAUAUGAACAUUUUUAACACCUCUGUGAGCAGCGAGGACGAGAUUGAACAGCUGCGUAUACAAGUGCAAGCAGACUAAUUUGGUAUUAUUGUGAAUUACGGAAAUCAUAUCGAAUUCAGGUGCUGUAACUUUCAGAUAACAAGAUUGGUCGGGUCUGACCGGAUCCAUAUUCUAAUGCUUCCGCGAACACGUUUGCAGAGCAUUUCAGAUAUUUUUACAUAUUCUGCGAUAUAUUUUCUUUAGUUUCAAAUAUUUUCUAACUCAUUGUGAGAAUAGAAAGUGCCUAGUCGAAAAAGUAAAAAUCGAAAAUCUACAAAAUGCCUCUAUAGGUUGGAUUCGACCCAUAUGAACUUUGUUGUUUGAAGGUUAACGACGAUAAUAAGAAAUUAUUUUCGCAUAUACAGUGUAUAUAUGUACAUUUUUCGUGAGUAUCCGUUCAAGAUUCCUGUCGUAUUUUCGUUACGGUAAUAUCUAUAUAGAAUAAAAUCGCGAUAAGCUCUAUCUUUAAUGCGACGAUUUAUGAAGGUAUUGGUAGAUGUCUUCGUAAUUAAUGUCCGAAUCAAAUGUUUGUCUCACCAUCUUGUGAAAUUAUUCCCCAUGGAUUUAUUUAUUAUUCAACUUUAAUCGAUAUGUUGCAAUACCUUCAAUGUAUGAUAAUAAAUUAGAGCUGAAUAGGAUAUUAUAUAGGAUAUAUUGUAAGAUAUAUUACAAUGUUACAAUAGAGGUAUAAUAUAUAAAUACGAAAGUCGUUAAAAUGUUGCCAAUUUUUCAAGUUACAUCACUCCGCUGAUAGAACGAUAUGUCUGAAGUGAAAAAUUGCGUUCUCUAAAAAGGAAAGCUGUGUUUGUCUGAAAAUUGAACAGGUACCAAUGACUGUAGUCAAAGUCGGGAGAAGGUAUCUUUACUUAGUCGCCCGAGAUAGGAUGUGUUAAAAUUAUCCCCUGCAGGUAUAAAAGGACGAAAUGGCUCAGACAACAGAUAGUAGAUAAAA